GUUAUCCCUGGCCAUUGGGUUAAUUAUUGGCAUAAGCGUUGCUGCCGGUAUGCCACAUUGGCGCAGUAGUUGGGAAACAAACUUCCUAAUGCGCAAAACCGCUGCUACAGUAGGCCUAUUAUGCAAGUGCAAUUGUAUUUUAUUUGAAGGGAAUUAUUCGUACAAAAUAGCAAUGACACACUAAACAAUCCAAUUGUCACUGGCUGAUCAGGGUUCACUAUUUCCCGUUAAUUUAAGUUAAUAGCCAGUAUGCACAAGGAUUAUAAAUUUUGCGCGGGGAACUUUCGAAUAUGUUGCGGACUCCUGUAAUUGUGCGAGGUACUUUUGCAUUUUGCGGAGUUCUUUCAUUGUGCACUGUAGUACACGUUUAAAUUUGUUGCGGACUUCUUUACCCGCUUCUUUAUUUUGCGAUUCUUAUUGUGCGUGAGAGUUGUGGACCACCGUACUAUUAAGAUAUGCGCCCUCUUUCUAGCUGUGCAAUCAAGCACGAUAUUAUUAUGAUUAGUGUGAUCAUCAGUCGUUCAUCAUCGGUAGUGGUGCUUAGCAACACGAAGCUAACCAAGAUUGAGUGAAGACGAACAAGUCAACGGAUGAUGGAGCUUAAUACUGAGGAUAUUAUUGAAUCUAAAAGUACAGCUUCCAGUGGGACACAAUGGGAGCACCCCACAGAGCUACAGCCAAGGUCAACGUUUGAUCAAAUUGAACAAAACGAAACGCCUGAUGAGGAAAACCAACAAAGUGACAAACUGGAAAGAGACUUCACUGGUCAAGUGUUCAUAAAUGGCCAAGGAAAGUACUGCUUAGAUCUCAGUGACAGAUGCAUAGACGAGUUGCCGGAACAAGUGUGUACAGUUGAUUAUCUGCAGUGUUUAUUACUCACAAAUAACCGUCUUCAAGAUAUUCCUGCUGCGACAUCAAACAUCAAGGACCUGGAAGUUCUUGUUUUACAACUUAACAGCUUUUACCAGGUUCCAACUGUCAUUUUCUCUUUGGAGAUCCUUCAAAUUUUAGAUCUCAGUUCAAAUGAAAUAGAAAAACUCCCACCACAGAUUUCACAGUUAAAAAAUUUGAAGCAACUGUUUGUGAAUGAUAACCGGUUGGUAGAAUUGCCUGAUGAGUUGUGUUGCUUGGUUGAUCUAACCGCCUUCUGUGCAAACCAAAACCAACUUAAAAUGUUACCGUCAGACUUCUCGCGUUUGUGCAAUUUACGAGUACUUGGUUUGAAUAAUAACUGCCUGGAAAAGUUACCUAAAGAAGUUUGUCUGUUGGACCAGCUUGUGCAGCUUAGCCUGUCUGGUAAUGCUCUUCAGACUUUACCUGCUAACGUUGAAUUCUUCUUUAAUCUUGUUGAGUUACAUUUAGAUAAGAAUUGUUUUGAGUAUUUACCUAUCCAGAUAUACUGGUUGCCUGAAUUGCAAGAGCUGAACCUGUCAAACAAUUCUCUGAAGGAACUUUCCCAUGAAAUAAAUCAGCUUAAUAAGUUGAAAAUUCUAAGACUGAACAACAACAAACUUGAAGCCUUACCAACAAGCAUCUGCAAUCUUUCAACACUGGAGCUUGUAAGCUUGAAUGAUAAUCAACUUACAACUCUGCCCAAAGGCAUAUGUCAUCUACAGAAACUGAAAGAACUUCACAUUGGUAAUAAUAAAUUUGAAUCACUACCAGAUGAACUGUCUCUACUCUCUAGACUUCAAGUAAUUGAUAUCGAUGGUAAUCGGUUGGCCAAUCUGCCAGUUGAGCUUUCGCAUUUGAAAGCCACCCAGAAUCUGUCGAUGCGUUCUAAUAAAUUUAAAUUGCUACCACUGAGUUUGUGUUCAAUGAGGAAGUUGGAGACCCUAGCAUUAGAUCAAAAUGCACUGACUAAUUUGAUGCCAGACAUAUCGGAGAUGUAUGGGUUACAUACCCUUACACUCUCUUCUAAUAAUUUUAGGACAUUUCCUGUUGAGCUUACACAAUUAUGGUCUUUGAAGAGCAUCGAUCUAAGUCAGAAUCUUAUCAUGGAUUUGCCAUCACAGAUUGAAAAACUCAUCAAUUUGAAGUGUUUGAUUCUGGAUGAAAAUAAAUUUGAAAUGAUACCAGAGGAAGCCUGUGCUCUAGGUCAUUUGGAGAAACUCAGCAUGGCUAAAAAUGUCAUCACAAAAAUACCAAAAACAGUCACUAAAAUGGAGUCACUAACAACGUUGAAUCUGUCAGAUAAUAAAUUCAGUACCUUCCCAUCUGAAGUAUGUAGCUUCCCAGCAUUACAGGUGCUGUUUUUCCGACAGGCCUUAGGGCAUAAGAGCACUUUCUUACCACCAUACAUAAAAAAUCUGGUGUUCCUUCAAGAACUCUAUGUUGAUGAUAAUUUAUUAGAGAUGCUGCCAGAGACCAUUUCUGAUUUGCCUGUUUUGACCAUCCUCUCUGCCAGAAACAACCAAAUUUCAACUCUUCCAGACUCCUUCACUAAGCUCAAAUCGCUACAUUGUCUGGAUUUGGAGAACAACUUGUUGAGUGAGCUACCAAGAGGUUUUACCAUGAUGACCAACUUACAGCAGUUAAGGCUGGAGCAGAAUCCUUUGACACACCCACCAUCCCAGGUAUGUGAUGGAGGAGCAAUACAGCCUAUCUCAAGGUUCCUGAUGGCGGCUGCUGCAAGAAAAAAGGCACUGUUGAUGAAGAUGUUUGAAUGUGUGUCUUACAACAUACGUGAACGCGAGGCCAAAGAUUUGAUGCGUGUAUUUCGCUUCAGCAAAGAAGAAAGUCAAGCUAUUGAAAAAGAUUACAAGGAGGACACGCAAAGUAUGGUAAUACAUAUUCUGCGACGAUGGCAAAAGCAGAAAGGCAACGAUGCAACUGCGGAAGAACUGAUUCGAUACGUUGGGCUAAUAAUGAUGCCUGUACUGGCUAAGAAGCUUCAUGCUAUGAAUGUAUAUGCACAAGCACAUAAACUAUGAACUCAUUUUAAACUCUGCUAAUGUGAAGAAUUUACAGUACAGCAAUAAUUAUUUAUGCUUGUUCUGGCUAUAAGAAGCUAAUGCUAUGAACAAGCAGAAGCGGAUCAAGGAUUUAAAAGAGGGGGGUUCAAAAUGUUUCCAAAAAACCCUAAAAUGAAAGGGUUUUCCCACUCUUGAAAAAAGGUCAGGUAAUUUUAUCUCUUUCUUUAGGCCUAUCAUAGAAGGAAAAAAAAUCAAAGACGGGCAAUAUAUUAUUAUAUUCCAAGAUAUGUAGUAAAUUAACUAUGAAUGUAGUGUUACCCAAGCUCGACAAAUACCAAAUCACAAGAAUCUGGGUUUUCACUAAUAUUUUUGCAAAAUAUAUAUUUUUUUUAAUUAGCUAAAGACCACAAGAUGUAUGCACCCCACCAGCGGUGGAUGGGGUGAUGCAUUAGUGGCUUAAGCCCCUUGUUGGACAGUCCAAGCACCUAUCGGCCACAACUCGGAACAAAAAAAAAGGAUAAAUAGAUAUCCUGGUGUAAGUGUAUGUGAUGUUAUAAUUGAUUCCUGAAUGUUAUUUAAUGUGACAUGGUUUUGUAGUAAUGGUAUCUGCUUUUAGUUUAUGUAAAGAUUUAUAUUAUAUCUAUGUUGACAGAAUGGCUUGAUGUAUUUGUCUUAGAUAGCUUUUCUCAUUUAUGGUCUACCUGCAUAAUGGAAGACUUCCUCAAUACUAAAUUGUACGAUUUUUUGUAUCUAUUAUUUAUUACUUUAUCUUAUUCAGUAAUUUUUAAAAAUAUUUUUUGGCAUUUGGAAUGUACAGUAAAAAGUUGAAGCUACUCCUUAAAAAAAAAUCAUUUUUAUUUGCUUUGUACAUAAUAUAUACAUAUUUCUUGAGAGUAUAGAUGGAUUGGUAUAAUAGGCUUUCAGCUAUUUUAAUGACAACAGCCCUGUUCACAUUGUUGAAACUCCUAAAGAAUAAGACUACUGAUUGUGACUGACCUUGUGUCUGCUUCUCCCAUGCUUUUCCUGAUUGUGGAACCUACUUGUUUUGGAACAUUUCUCAAUGAAUUCACCGUUACUAGGCAAUUUGCAGUACUGCCAACUGGUGGUAUAUGCCUAUUUCAAACAGUUUAUUUCCAUUCAUGACAAAGUAAGAGCAUCAAUACAAAACUAAGUGAAUUGAUUUGAUUUCUGAAUGGGACUGGGUGGCGGGAGGAUUUGGCAGACGGGGGGUACGAUGUCUUUGACGGGGGACCCAACAAGAGUGUAGGUGGGCGUGGUCGGGCGUCGCUCAAAGUUUCUGAAAUUGUUUCAGGGUUGAAAUCCCGGAAAUUAUGAAAAUAAUGGUUUCAAAGGCUUAAGGCUUAUUUAAUUGAUUUUAGAACCUACUAGGCCUAAUAUAUAUAUAUUUUUUUUUCUCCCCGAUGAAUUGUUGUUUUUAUCCCCUAUGGGGGGCCCUGGCCACUGGUGCCACUGCUGACAAUAAAAUAAGACUUUAAUUUAGGUAUAAAAUACAAAA